CAAAUUGACGCGUUGACGCAAAACCUCCGCAGUGUUGUUCGUGAACUUGGCGGACUGGUUUUAGGACCCGGAGUUUGACAAAUCAGUGAACUGGGUGUGUAGAGUUUUCCAUCCAGAACAGAAUCGCCUUUGGGAGAAGCUGCGUUUACUUUUGCCUGUUUAACGUUACCUGAGCGGCGGGGCUUUUCUGGUUUUCUUCCUCUGCACCUUUCUGCUAGACCUUCCGUGCUCAAGAUGUUUUUGGCCGACCGAGCUCUUAAAGGGCUCAUAAAUGUUGUCAGCAACAUUGACCAGUUUCUUCCUUCAGAUCCUCCUCCUCCCAGAAGACCACUCGCAUACGCCAACCAGAAUGAAACCGAUGAAGAAAGGAAGUUUCGUAAAGUGUUUCAGCAGCUUGCGGGCGACGACAUGGAAGUGAGCCCCAAUGAACUGAUGGGCAUCCUUAACAAGAUUAUUGCCAAACAUGGCGAUCUGAGAACAGAUGGUUUCACUAUUGAGUCCUGCAGAAGCAUGGUGGCAGUAAUGGAUAGUGACAGUACUGGAAAACUGGGAUUUGAAGAGUUCAAGUAUCUUUGGAAUAACAUCAAGAAGUGGCAGGGCAUUUACAAGAAUUUUGAUGCUGAUCGCUCUGGUUUGAUUGGGUCUGAUGAGUUACCAGGAGCUUUUAAAGCAGCAGGGUUCCCACUCAAUGACCAGCUUUUCCAAUUGAUCGUUAGGCGUUACAGCGAUGAAAAGGGCAACAUGGACUUUGACAAUUACAUUGGAUGUCUUGUGCGCCUGGAUGCUAUGUGUCGUGCCUUCAAGACACUUGAUAAAGACAACAAUGGCACCAUUAAAGUCGACAUUCAAGAGUGGUUGCAGCUGACGAUGUACUCUUGAAUAUGAAAGAAUAUACCUCGCCAUCUUGAUUAUGUUCUUUUGUCCGUUCAUCUUUGUUGCCUGUCAUUGUCAAAAGUCUUUUGUUUUUUAAUAACUGACAUAAUUAUUUGUUUCAUUGUUCUCUGUGACAGCAUGAUCAUACUGUGCUUUUACACUAGGUGGCAGCUUUGUUGCCACUCAUCCUUGUUACAUCCUUAGAGGUUCAGUUUAUGUCGUAUUUCCAUGUUUUAUUCCAUGCUAUUGCGCCCUUUUAAUUUUAUUCUAUGGAUUUAUAAUUUUACAAAGAGCCUUCAACCAAAGUUUAAAAGCCACGUUCAGAAUAGUAUAGUUUUAGAAUACAUAACAGCUAUUAAGUACAUGCUAGAGCUACACUAUUUAAUCACUGAGAAUGAGUCGGCUGUCCGUUUUGCCAAAGUAUUGUGCUGAUGCUUAAAUAAACGUUAUUUGUGUUGGA